AUGGUAUUAAAACUACGCGAACAGUUGAUUAAACAAGUUGCUAUUCAUCUGCCGUAUCUUUCUCCUGAAUCAUGUCAAUGUCUUACAGCUAUACAACGCGAACGUAUACUUCGAUGGCUGGCUUCACAUGAUUGUCUCUCGAAUAAUAUUGUUCAAUAUAUAACAAGAAAUCUUCUUUCAGUUCCGUUAUAUUCUCUUGAAUUCUAUAAAUGUCAUCAAUUAACGAAUGAUAUGCUCAUUGAAUUUGCUAAAGCAAGUAAUUUUAGCCGAUUAAAAUCAUUGAUUAUUCAUCAAUGCCAACAAGUAGAAGAUUCAGGAAUACGUGCUAUAACGAAAGGACAAUUAUCACUUGAAUAUGUAGCAUUAAGAAAAUUGAGUAAUUUAACCAAUGCAGGUCUUGAUGGUAUACAUUCAGCAUUUUUAAAAGAAAUUGAUUUCCAAUGGAAUGACAAAAUUCAAGAUCAAGGUAUUUUAACGGUUGUUUCAAACAAUCUCAACUUACGUUUUGUUCGUCUAAUGAAUUGUCAUUCUUUGACUGGCCAAUGUGUUGUUCAUAUUGCGCAACAUUUAGCUGAAAAACUCGAAUUAUUAGAUAUUGAAGGAUUAACAUAUUUGGAUGCAGAUGUAUUUUUAAAUUUAGUUGAUCAUUGUCCUAAUAUUCGAAAUUUGAAUUUAUUCGGUAUUCUUAAUAUCGAUACCGAUGGAUUAUUUACAUUAUUCGUACGAUCGACACGCAUGUUGCAAUUAAAUUUAUCGUAUACGACUUGUUUUCUACAAGAACCAGUUGCGGAUUAUAUUUGUUGUAUGCCAUUAUCUCUUGUUGAUUUAUGUUUAUCCGGUACACAAGUGUAUAGUACUCAAAUUAUGAUACGUGCUCUAACAAGACUAACACAUUUGGAACAUCUUCGAGUCAACGGUCUUGCAACUAUCAAUGAUGAUGCUCUUGACAAAAUACUUAGUGUUAUGGGAUGUCGACUUAAAACACUUGAAAUGAAUGGUUAUAUAACAGUUGGAUCACUGACUGACCGUAGUAUUGAACAUAUUGUUAAUUAUUGUCCAUUGCUAGAAGAACUUUCACUCAAUCUAUUGAGUUUUACAUCAACACUUGAUUCAUUAUUACAAUUAUUUGGUACGCCAAAACGCGCUCUACAACUACGCAGUGUUUCAUUGAGCUCAUUUCGCAAUAUUAACGAACAAGUCUUAUGGUCGUUAGUAGAAAAUUGUUUAAAUUUGAAAGAAUUAGAACUUUCCGGUAUACCCUUUGUUCAUGAUGCAUUGAUUUCAUCAUUAAAACAUUGCAAAAAAUUAUCUCAUUUGAAUAUUAAAGGUUGCAAACAAGUAACUGAUUCAUCUAUCUGUGAUCUUCUUGGUGUAUGUAAAUUUAUUUCACUUGUUCUUUCUGGUUGCUUUCAUUUAACUGAUCGAUCUAUUCUUGCCAUGGCGCAUACACAACCAUUUCUCGAAGAAAUUUAUAUAUCCGGAUGUAUACGUAUAUCGCCUGCAGCUGUACGCUAUCUUCAAGAUAAUACUAUUCGACGUCUAUAUAUCGACCAUAAAAUACCCAAUGCAAUACCCGAUGCACUCAUGGCACGCAACCUUGACACUGGCUUGUUUGAACAAGUUAAAUAA